CGCGCUCCCGGCCCCGCCCCCAGGCGUGGCCCCGCCCCUUUCCCCGUUCCGGUUCCGAGCCCGCUCCGGACCGGCGCCGCUCCCGCAGCCGCUCCCAGUGCUCCCAGUAGCGCCCCGCUGCCCUCCCAGUGCUCCCAGUGCCGCCCCAGCGCUCCCAGUAACCCCCCAGUAACUCCCAGUGCCGCCCAGUAACUCCCAGUGCCCCCCCAGUAGCUCCCAGUGCUCUCCAGUAACUCCCAGCGCUCCCAGUUCCCCCCCCAGCGUUCUCCCAGUAGCUCCCAGUGCCUCCCAGUGCCUCCCAGUAGCUCCCAGUCCGGCAUGUUCCUGGUGAAGGGGCUGCUGGGGGGCGGGGGCGGUGGGGGAGGGGCCGGGGGGGGCCUCCCCGGGGGCAUCGGAUCCGUCCUGGGGGGGCUCCUGAGCGGGGGAGGGGGCGGGGGCGGCGCCGGGGGGGCCAUGGGGGUCCUGGGGGGCGUCAUCAGCGCCAUCAGCGAAGCCGCCGCCCACUACAACCCCGAGCCCCCCCCCCCCCGUGCCCACAUCUCCACCGUCGAUGCCAACGAGAGCGAGGAGGUUCGGCAGUUCCGGCGCCUCUUCACCCAGCUGGCCGGGGAGGACAUGGAGGUGAGCCCCACCGAGCUCAUGAACAUCCUCAACAGGGUCGUCACCCGCCAUCCCGACCUGAAGACGGACGGCUUCGGGCUGGACACGUGCCGCAGCAUGGUGGCCGUCAUGGACAGCGACACCACCGGGAAAUUGGGGUUUGAGGAGUUCAAGUACCUCUGGAACAACAUCAAGAAGUGGCAGUGCGUGUACAAACAAUUCGACAGCGAUCGCUCGGGGACCAUCGGGCCCCAGGAGCUGCCGGGGGCCUUCGAGGCCGCAGGGUUCCGACUGCCCCCCCCUCUUUGGGCGGUUUUGGGGCGUCGUUACGGGGACGAGGGGGGGAACCUGGACUUCGACAACUUCAUCAGCUGCCUCGUGCGCCUCGACGCCAUGUUCCGUGCCUUCAAGUCCCUGGACCGGGACGGGUCGGGGCAGAUCCGCGUCAGCCUCCAGGAGUGGCUGCAGCUCACCAUGUACUCGUGAGGGGACCCCCGGACCCCCCCAGGACCUUCCAGGACACCCCAAAAUCCCCCCGGACACUCCAGGAGCCCCCCAAAACCCCCCUGGACCCUCCAACUGCACCCCCGCCCCCCCCAAUCUGCACCCCCCACCCCCAAAUAAAAACCCCCCAACCUCA